UGGCAAACCACAAGACGAGGGCAAGCCCGCACUGAACGUUGCCCAUCGAAGCUCAGAGCGCCAUUGCGCGCGCAGGCCUGCCAUACGCAUUCCUAGCGGAAGAAGCGCUCGCAGGACGUUGUUCGUCCCAAGGAGCUAACAUGUCUCGAUACAAAUUUCGACUUGACGACAUGACCACUCGAGCGUACUCAGGAACGCCGGCGUCAACGUUUCGCAGGGGACGCGCAAUCCGACCACUCUCCAUGUGAUCGAGGACUUGCCAUACCCACGAUAGGGAUCAGCAGUCCGCGUCGCCACAGAAGAUAGCACCACAAGGGCAAUAACGACGCUGCGAAGUGCCCGCUACUGUCGAUCGGGUCGGUGCAUUUCGAGGUUGCAGUGUGCCCUUGGCUUAAUUGACUGGUCGUGCAGUCGAAGAGGAUCGAACCGGCGACCAUUUUGGCGUGUAUGCAACGCUUAUCCAUCUGGCAGGAUGCCCGGUCUCAAGGGCCAUUGAUGCAAGCCUCUAGUACAAUCCAACGGCUAUAGUUCAAAUUUUCAUCUCCACUGCGAACGGCAGUCCCUACCGUCACCAUGUUCGGCAGCCUCGUCUUGUGGAACGCUGCGAUUGCGAUCUGGACGCUCACGUCGCCGUCGUCGAGUCCCGUCAACACACUGGAGGCGACACCGGCGCCGUCGGCACCGCCGGCCGUCGUCGUUGCCCCGACGUCCGCGCCGACGAAUGCCACAAACAAAACGAUCGUCCCAGUGCUCAAGAAGCUCGUGGGCCUAGCCAAGCUGCCACCGUCGCCGCCCGCCAAGCCGCUGCCGUCGACCAUCUCGUGUCCGGCGGGCCGCAAGGUCAAGGCCGGCGACACGGUGUACAUGACGCUCGACGACGGCCCGAGCAUUGGCAGCCGCAAGUACCUCCUCCAAGCGCUCAGCCACAUUUCCGAGAAAAUCACCUUUUACGAAAGCGCGUACAACAUUUGUCCGCAAACGAGCGGCCUCGUGCUCGACUGCGACGACGCGGCCAAGUUGCCGGCCAUCGAGCUCUGGGCGUGGACCAUCAAGCAGGGCCACAUGCUCGCCGCGCAUUCGGACUCGCACCUGUACGACCGGAGCACGGGUUACUGCGCCUAUAUCAAGAUGAGCGAGAUGACCAACGUGCCGCCGCAGUACGCAUCGUGUGGCCGUGACGCGACCGCCGACAUUGUACGGGGCGCGCUGCGCUUCCAAGAAACCAUGGCGCUCGCCGACGACGCGCUCUGGGAAAGCACCGACGAGAAGGCAGCGUACGCCAAGCAAGUCGCCAAUAUGUGGACGUACGCGCGGCUGCCGUGCUCCAACGUGUGGCGCAUGGCGGGCGACUACAAGUUUGACAUAGGCUGGGGCCACGAGACGUCAGCGGCCGAGAAGGCGGCGCGGAUCGGCGUUGCCGAUGCAAUUGCAACCGGCACCAACAAGUGCAAGCCCGAGGCAUUCAUGGGCAAGCCGUGGUUCACGACCGGGUGGGACGUCGAGUGGGCGUGGAAAGAGCUCAAGGACACCCACGCCGAGAUGUGCCGGAUGGUCCAAGUGAUCGAGCACGAGUUCAGCCGGACUGGCCGCGACCCGCGCCGGGGUCAAGCGGUCGUUGUGCUCGGCCACGAUUAUCACUACAACACGCCUGAGAAUGCUGCCAUGUUCCGUGACCUCCUCGUCGAGUUGAAGCUACGGGGGUACGCCAUGGACACGAUCGAUCGCCUAAAAGUGUAAAGAUCGAUGUGUAUGAUGUCGA